CUUCCGCACUCUGACAAGAAUUCCCGGCGCGCACUGCGAAAGGGCGCUGGCUCGGGCGGCCCCUCGCUUCCCAGCAACCCUCGGGAAAGCGAUUGACUACAAGCCCCAGAAUUCUUUGCGUUCGGGUGGCCUCUUUAGGAAACAAGUGUUCCGGGGGGUUCUCUGGUGGGUCCGAGGCUUCUCUCUUUCUCCUGCCCCAGGCUGGGGGUGUGAGGCAGGCGCCAGCACCAUGAACCUGGAGCGAGUUUCUAACGAGGAAAAGCUCAACCUCUGCAGGAAGUACUACUUGGGUGGCUUUGCUCUGCUCCCUUUCCUGUGGCUGGUGAACGUUUUCUGGUUUUUCCGAGAAGCUUUUAUGGUGCCAGCAUACACUGAGCAACUGCAGAUCAAGCGCUAUGUCCAGCGUUCGGCUGUGGGCCUUCUUUUUUGGGUGAUUGUGCUCACCACGUGGAUCAGCAUCUUCCAGACACACCGAGCAGCGUGGGGCGAGAUGGGUGACUACCUGUCUUUCACCAUCCCUCUGGGCAUCCCCUGACUAAUCACUCCUUCCAUGAUGUCACUGGCCUGGCACUUUUACUUUUUUCUUAGUGGACUUUCUGAGCGGCUGCUGGCUCUUUCCAGCUCUCCCCUUUUAUGGAAUCAAGGUGGGAUUGUGCCAUGGUGAACUGUGGUAGAACUGCCUCACCAGAAUCCUCCACUCAGCAUGCCCUGCUUACGGCAUGCUCCAAAGGUGGCCAAUAAACCUGGGAUUACCUUUU